CCCUUCCGUCGGGCAUAGUUCAAAGCUCCCUGGACUUGCCUUCCAGAUCUGAAGACCGGCCGUUUCGUUUUUUUCGGCUUGAUGUCAAGAUGGCCUUCAGGGUCCGGUCUCCGUGUCAACCAGCUAAAAUAGUUUCGCUUUAUCUGAUAUCGUUGACACUGUUUUCUGUUUUAAACACAACCUUCGGAGAGAGGAAGCUAAAAUUUGUCACCUUGCUCUAUCGUCAUGGUGACCGAUCACCUGUCAAGGCGUAUCCCACUGAUCCCUACCAGGAGAGUGCGUGGCCUCAGGGUUUUGGACAGCUUUCGCAGGAUGGGAUGAGGCAGCACUUCGAGCUGGGGCAGGCACUCCGACAACGUUACAAUGGUUUUCUGAAUGAGUCCUAUGAUCGACACCAGAUUGUAGUCCGCAGCACAGACUAUGACCGGACCCUGAUGAGCGCUGAGGCAAACCUAGCUGGCAUGUACCCGCCCAACGGGUCGCAGAUUGUUAACCCUGACCUCAAAUGGCAGCCCAUUCCUGUUCACACAGUACCCCAGGAAGAGGAUCGGCUUCUGUCAUUCCCUCUGCCCAACUGCCCCCGCUUCAACAUUCUUCUCAAUGAGACCAUGCAAACGGAGGCCUACCGCAACGUGACCACUUACUACAAAGACUUCAUUGAGAUGCUGAGGAACAAAACCGGUUUGAAGGAUGCCUCUGUCGAAACAGUGUGGAGUGUCCAUGACACCUUGUUCUGUGAGGCGAUGCAUCACAUGCAACCUCCCCCUUGGGUGACCAAGGACGUCAUGGAGAAGCUGAAAAUACUCAAGGACUUCAGCUUCCAGAUCAUGUUUGGGGUCUACAAGCGCGUGGAGAAGUCUCGGCUGCAGGGAGGUGUUCUUCUUGGUCAUAUCCUGAAAAACAUGACUGAGUCUGCAGUAUCUGGCUCCAAGAAGCUUCUGAAGAUGAUGAUGUACUCAGCACACGACACUACUCUAGUGGCAUUGCAGUCGGCCCUCAACGUCUUCAAUGGGAAACAGCCCCCCUAUGCCUCCUGCCACAUAUUUGAGCUGCUCCAAGAAGAUAAUGGGUCCUUCUCGGUUGCUAUGUACUUUCGGAACGACAGCACCAAGGAGCCCUACCCAGUGGUACUGCCGGGCUGCACUCAGUACUGCCCCCUGCAGGACUUUGUGCGACUCACCAAGCCAGUCAUCCCUGAGAACUGGGAGGCAGAGUGCCAGGUGCCCCCCAGGAUGAAGGAUACAGAGGUGAUCAUCGGGCUGACUGUAUUCUGUUGCCUGGUUGUCCUUCUCAUUGGGCUCCUCCUCUUCAUUCUAUGUAAACAGCAGGAUAGCAAGAGCAGCUACCAGCAUGUCAUCAAUGAAGGUGAUGACAACUCCUGACAAUCAUUCGCGCUCCUUGAGAAAUGGGACCUUUUUGAAGGGGAGGAAGAUCCAUAAACAUCUCUACCUGCCUGGAUGAGCUUUCAGGAUUGGGCAUAGGGAGGACAAACUGCCUUUGCCCAAUUUUUAAAAAAAGAAAAAAAAAAUGAGGACCUUGGCUUUUAGUGUCAUGAAAACAGAUGGUCACACUAGCAGAUGAGCACACCAAGUCUUCCGCUGUCUGCAUGGACUGGAUGCUCAGGUUAGCGAGUAAUAGUGUGCGCAUGGUACAUUAUCAUGUUGGGAGCACAGGGUGUAAUUGUAUAAUCUCGUAAGAGUGCUUUUAGUGGUUUUAGCAUGGCAGCAAGUGCACACAGCCAUUUUAUUAUUUGAAAAUUGUGUAUAUUUUGCUUUAAAUUCUGUGAGUCUAGACUCACACGCUUUAGUUCUCUUUUUAGUUCCCAGUUGUAGUAUUUCGCUAAAUGCUCUGAAAUUGAAGAAAGUUGAAUCUCAUUACGAAGAGCCCAAUGUCCUGGAUGUGUGGUCUUUAAAUUGGUCUCCCUAAUGCAUGACCAUUACUGUUGGAGUCCUCCUGAAAAACUCAAAAAUAGUUUGCAUUGCCUUCUGGAGAUUAUGGAUUGUAAGUAGUCUUUUAUGGAUCAUAUCAAUAGGCAUGAAGAGCUCUGCAAUCCUAUUGAUGAAAAUUUGUGUACCGUUGUCCUUUUUGCUGGUGUGGUUUUCACUGAUGCACUGGCUACUUUUAAAAUAGCAUUACUCUGCGAUUGUAGCAUAGUUUAAAGGGAAUUGUGGUAAAGGUUUGGUGUUUUUAGCUUUCGUCAUACCUACAGAUGGGGUGACCCACAAGUUAAAGGUACGGUAAUUCGGCUGUUUGAUUUAAGAGUAGAAUGUUCUAGCACACAGCUGUCAUUCCUUUUACUUUUCCUCUGGGUCUGGCUGUAUCUUGGUCUGCACACAGAAGUUUGAAGUUGCAUUCCUAUCCAGAAAACUAUGAAACAUUGUCAUGUAGAACACACAACUACUUGCUAAAGUGCCAAAUCCCACCAAUUUUCAGUUGGGGUACAGUUCUUAAUUCCUAUGUAAAUACUCAAACAGGCUAUUAUGUAUGCCAUUUAUGUGUGCACAGGGAGAAAAAAUUUUAUCUAUGAAAAUUGAUUUGAUCAUAUUUUAAUUUUUACCUUUUUAUUUUAAUAAUUACUUUUAAAUUUUAGCAACCCUAAGAAUGUUAAUGAAAAAUUGUGAGCCUUCGUUAAUAAAACAUGCCUUACCAUUGUAAUAUAAAUUACACUCGGGUGUUAAAAGUGGAAUGCAUUAAGCUGCUCAUUUGCUGUUUUGGGAUGGGAGGUGUAUACUUGGGUUAAUUUAUUUUAGUUU